UGGUGAUUAUGAUCCUCUGGCGGCCAUCCAACAACAACCAACGCUUUGCCUUCUCACCCUUAUUAGACGAUGGAUCAGAUGCCGAUGAUGAAGAGGAAGCUGAGAAACUGAUGGCUGAUGUUUCUGAUACAAUGAAAUUCCGAAAUACACGUAAUUCGACCUCAUCAUCACCUCGGGAAUCGCGCUCUGUGGAAGAUGAUUUGAAGUGGGUCGAGGAAAAUAUCCCAUCAUCAAUUGCUGAUAGUGCUCUUCCCAUUCUGGACUCAGAUGAGGAAAUUGUUACCUCAAAGUUUGAAAUUUCAAAGAUGCAGUGAGGUCUCUGCAGAAACUUCUGUGACAUUACAGGUCCAUUCCAUUACCCAGUGGCACUGAUGCUGUUGGGACCCAUUACAUAUUCUGUCUCCAAAGUAUAGGAACAAAUGGUUCUCUCCCCAUUGCCCACCUUAUUUCCUCUCUUGACUUGUAAGUUAUUGAAAGACAGAUUGUGCCUAGGUUAAGCCUUAGAGUGUGAAUGGAAUCGUCUGAGAGAGUUAGUGAAUUAUGAAAUUACUGUAAAGUUCUCCUUAUCAUGUAAUGCAUGUUUUCAUCAGCAUCUGAUUUAGUCAUUGUGUUUGAAGGCUUUUCUCUGCUCUUGCAUAUUUAAGAGGAGCAAGUUUAUCACAUAUUCCAGAAGCUAAUGUGUGACAUGUUGCCUCAAAAGCCUGGUGGUGUAAAUAGGCUUUUUCAGAAUCCAUAGGGGUUUGAAAAAUAUUCUGUAAUGACAAACCAUACCUUUGGGCUCCUCAUUCUAUUCAUUACCAAAUAUAGUCUUCAUCUCCCUGUUAUUUUUAUGUUAACCAGUGUGUAAGGUUUUAUUCUUGAUUCCAUACUCUUUACAUGCCUUAUUUAGAAAUAAUGUAAAAAGUUUGAUGUGUUAACACAACACUUUGUGAUGUAAUUGGUAAGGAUGAGGGUAUGACUUGAGUAAAAAACACCUACUAAAACCUAAGUGCUGCAGGAACUAUGUUGUUGGAUAUCUAGGGAUAGUAGGCCACUCAUCAGUACUUGCUGUGUUGAUUAUCACACAGAUGUCUCCGGGUGUUGUCAUAUUUAGCCCAUUGCCACUGGGGAUGGCAUGUACAUAUAAGCCAUGUUCAUUAUGAUUUUAGGUUAUUGUACAUGUUUACACAUAGAUGGAUCCACAAGGGCUUAGUCACCAAGAAGUAAAUUACUAGCCGUACCUAUCUCACCCAUUUUCUCUUUUUCUAGAUUUUCAGAAAUAUUUAAGAUUUUUAAAAACUGCUUUUAGCAUUUUGAUGACAUUAUAAUAAUCAUAAAAUCAGUAAUAAUAGUAUUGAUAACAAUGGGAUUAGAAAAAAACAAUUUUCCCAAAAAAACAAGGAAUGGGGAAAUUGGACGAGAUCACAUAAGGCCUGUUAAUUGACUUCUUGGUGACUGAGCACUUGUGGAGCCAUCCAUGUGUAAACAAAAUUCACAAAACAGGACUACAGUGGGCAUAAUAUGUAUCUAGCAGCAAUGGGUUAAGUGUGGUCUAUUGAAGUUGAGACUAUCAUAACGUGACCGUAAUUUUGUAAUUUUUGUAUUGGCACUAGACACCAAAAUUUUAGUGUUUCAUGAUGUUUAUUUCUUUAUUGAUUUUUAUAGUUUAGGCAAGAAACUAAAUGUAAGUUAGUGCAUGGAGUCUAGGGAGAAGUGUAUUUUGUGUUUUAUUGUAAAAGGCUAAUAAUAAUGAUACACAUGAAUAUUCCGCACAUCAAAGCCCAACUUCUCCCAGAAAGAAAAACUUUCCGAAAUAGAUUUGAAUCAAGUGACUGUGAGAUCAACUGCUAUAAUGAAAAUGUAGGUACUUGCUUUGAAUACACUUGAAUGCAGUACUUAAAAAGAUCUGUGAUAGAAAUGAAGAUUUGUGUUUUAUAAUUUAUCCUAUUAUAGGAUAGUUGCUGACUGGUUAAGGUUGACACUGAAACCAGAGGAAGCAGAUUUUUGUAAAUAUACUAAGAAAUUGAUCCAAGAAUGAGAAUUACCAAUAUUUCCCCCUCUCUCUAAAGAGACUUCACCUAACCAUUGUAAUUGUAGAUGGUAAUGUAUUGAACUCUCAUUUAAUUAAGCUUUAGUCUUUAUGUACAGAUGUUCAGAAUUUUUAAUAUGUUCUAUGUACAAACACAAACACAUACAAAUAAACACCAUUCAUUCCCCUCCAAAAAAGAAAAUCAACAGAUUUAACGUGAUUGCAUAUGAAGGAAAAAUCAGUUUACAUUAUAUCCUUCAACAUCUGUUUUGAUUUGAUAUGAUAUAAUGUAAAAGUAAAUAUGUAUUAUCAUUUAUGCUGUAAACCAUUAUGUUAGUAAAGGAAGGUUUAUUUGUGUUAGUAUCACACUGUUUUUCUGAGCACAGGAUUCAUCUUAGUUAUCAUUGUUAAGUUAGCAGCAUCCUUCUCUGAUGCAAAGCACAGUUUGGUUAUUGUUUUGUUCACACCUUGAAUUUUGUUCAUAUGCUAAUGGUUAUAUAGUCUUUGUAAUAUGUUCGUGGAUUGCACAAAUACACAUUGAAUUGUUGUAUAUUUUCGAGUAGUUUUGAAAAGAAGAUGAAACGGCUUC